AUGGCGCUUGGUGGUGGGCGGCUGCGGCGGGGCGAGGGAGGAGGCGGGGGCCAGGGCGACUGUGGGCUGCGGAGGGACGACGUGCUGGCCAGCACGCCGCCGCUUGGAGCCGAGGACGUGGGUGGCGGCGCCACCACCGACGCGACCUGCGCCUGGCUCGGGACGGGCGGCUGCUGGGCCGACGUGGGCGUCGCGGAGGCGGCAAUUGGGGGCGGGGCGACGGGCGGGGCAAGGGAGGAGGCGGGCGUGAGGACGGGGGCCGGCGGCGGCUCCAUGGCGCGCGGCGGCCGGCGGCGAUUGGGGGCGGGGCGACGGGCGGGGCAAGGGAGGAGGCGGGCGACGAACCUGAUUUUUCCCUCCCGCGCGCGCGCAACGGACAAAUAG